UCGAAGAAUUCUUCUGAGACGAAUGAAGUUGUGUCAAGGAGGAAAAGGUUUAUUAUUUUCCCAAAAGGAAGCUCACUACAGAUGGUCUACUGCUUCCUAACCACUGCUUAUGGUACCCCAGGAGGUCUAUUUACCAUCGGCAUAACCCUCGGACUUGCGUGGGAGAUACCUCAAGACCCCAGACCUUUCCUACGGAAUGCAACAAUGUCUUUCGUCCAUCGUCGCCACCGAAGAGAUCUCUUUCCCAAGAUUGAGACUUUUUUAGACAAAUAUGGAGUGAGUGGAAGAGGGUGUAUUCUCAGAGCAAUUUGUGAAUCAAGAGAACGGACAAAAGGCAAUGGAACAUUUAUGGAAGAAAUAUUCCAUUCUAUUUUCUCGCUUCCAUUGUUCGACGACACAGAAGAGGAUUUCUCUAGUGUUUAUGACGAAGCUCAUCACAAUAGUUGUGCUAAGUACAAAACACUUUGCCCUACUUCAAUCUUGGAUCUGGACUUCACCGGGACUUCAGAUCAGAGAAAAUACUCCGAUGACAACACCUGACC